AUGUCAGACCAAGUGCCUCCUUCGGACACAUCUACAGCUUUGGACCAAUGGGACCUGGUUACACAUACCUCUGGAGAUGCUCAGGACAAGAAUGAGAAGUUGGCAAAUGUCGUCUACAACGAGAUCAAAGGCCAAAAAACUCUCCGUCAUGAGUUCUAUGUUUGGGUGGCGUCUGAGAUUGGGGUGGAUCCGACCAUCAUGUAUGCCGGGAAGUUUCAAGAUAUUCCAACGGCCAAGCCAAAGGAGGAGGGCAGUGUGGCACCUGCGUGUGUACCACUACAGCUGUUCUCUUUUUCUGAUGAUGCUGGGUUGACAGGGGCGCCGGAGCUGGAAAAGGCUCGUCUUCUUCUUCACCUUCUGUGCGCCUAUGGGUUUGAAACUGUGGAUGAAUCUGUCAAAGCACAGUGGAAGCCUGAAGAUGACAUCGCUGAAGGGCAACUGCUUUUUCUCAAAGGGCAACUGCGGAUCUUGACAGUUUUAUCUUUGCUGGCUGUGGUCCACCGACGCAAAGCUACGUUGAGUGUGCAUCCGACUUUGCAGCAAACCUUGCAAAAGGUUCGGUGUGUCCAUGUCGAGCUCACCAAUCGCAAGGAGGAGUUGUUUUACAACUUCAAGGUGGCUGUGAAGGGGAACAUCCGCACAGCCCCAUCUGCUGUGACUUGGGUAAAUAGCCUGCUGGAGCUUUCGAAAGCAGGGGACCGAGAUUUGCAAGGGACCCUGAACUCAUGGAAUACCCAGGCUCCCAAACCUGACAAGGUUCAAGGUCAGAAGUAUCUUACUGUCAAGAACCUCUUGGACCUUCCUCCAGAGUGCCGCAACGUGAUGUUUGCUUACAUCAACAAGAACGGAUGGGAUAGCUCACCCUAUAGUGAAGAUUUGCUGUCGAGCAAGAAGCUUUUGGUGAACUUCAAUUUCAAGACGACCAAAGCAGAUCCGACUGCCUUGGCUGAGCUUUCCAAUGCGGUGUCAGUGAAGGAUCAGAAGUACACCGUCAGGGACAAUCCAAGUUUGAAAACGAUCCUGGACAACCAUGGCCAAGUCAGUGACAAGGCUGAGCCAGGAAAGCCGGUGUCAGCAAUGGUUGAUCUCAUGGAUCAGAAACAAAAACAAAUUGACAAGUCCAACUUGGAACUUGUGAUGAAUGAGCUUUCUUUUGACUUGGAAAGUUUCAAAGUGUACCGCCAGAAAGUUGUCCAGUGCAUGUCCAACCGGGCGCGUAAGAUUCAAGAUUGGAAAGGGCAGGUUGUUCAAGAUGCUCAGCAAGCUGCAGAUCACUACAUGUCACUGCAUGUAACGUUGAAGACAUGGGCAACUCAAGACCCUGGUGCUGCUGCCAUCACCGAUGUCAAGAAGGAUGUGGCACAACGUGCACGUGCGCUCCAGGUUCCCGAGGAUGGCAGUGUGAUCAUCUCCCUGAUGAACUUGUCAGCACCAGCUUUGGUCAGUGCAAGCCACAUGCCUGCGAUCAUGCAUGUUGUUGGGUACCUGUGCUCCGACAAUGUGAAAAAUUUGGCUUUGGCUCUCAUGCCUGUCUACAGCUACACCCGCAACUAUCUUUGGAAAGAGGAGGCCACA